AUGUUUAAGAAGAGGGUCAUAAAGGAUUCACGGGUAUCUAAGCGAAAGAUAGGUGAUAUAAAUGAAGCCAGUGAAGAUGCACCUGAUACUCAGGUAACGAAAAAGAGUACCCUCAUCACCAAGAAGUCAGACAUACAGAAAAAAUCGGUGGUGAUGCCCCGAUCAUCACCACAAACCCCUUUGUCCAAAUCUUCUAGUGAUGAUGCUGCUGCUGUGGAGGUUGUUUCUCAGAAAUCGAAAAAGGGCGAACUAAAACCGCUUGCAGCAAAUAUCAAAACCACCAUUAUCACCGAUUUCCAACCGGACGUGUGUAAAGAUUUUCAACAAACUGGGUACUGUGGGUAUGGUGAUACGUGUAAGUUUCUUCAUGUACGAGAUGAAUCUAGGCAAAAGAUCCCCAUUAAGAAAGACUGGGAAAUUGGUGGCCAAAAAGAAGUUAAAGAGAAAGAGGAUAUCCCAUUUAAAUGUGUCUUGUGUAAGAGUGACUAUAAGUCACCAAUAAAGACAGAGUGUGGACACAUAUUUUGCAAAGCCUGUUUCUUAGACCGAUAUAAGGCUAAAAAGAAAGGGACGUGUUUUAUAUGUCACAAGGAAACUAAUGGUACUAUGGUACCAGUGAAUAUAGACAAAUUGAGCGCAACUCAAGUUUGA